UAGAGAGUGGUCAAUUAUCCGAGACAACAAAUCUGAUGUACUCAGCGAUAUUGCGAUCAAAAUUGAGAACGAAGACUCAGAUUCCAUGGCUGCUCCAUGGAUCACUCCAGAUCGAACGACCAUUAUUUAUAUAUACAAUCAGGUCUUCAGCGCGUUCUAUAACGUUGCGAUAAACAUCCCAACCACCAACAUUGCGGCCUCAAUCAACCACUCAGAGCAACUCACCAAGAUUGCCGAUGAUUUAGGCUGUCUAGAGAAACUCCCGAACUUAACUUCCCAGAUGAACGCAACGCUCUUCCAGCACCGUCAUACACUCUUCCGUGCAAUCAAAAAUGAUCCCGCACGAUGGCUUCUUCUAUCUCUCUCACUGAAAAACGAAUCUAUCUACAAAGAGUCCCUGAUCCACAUGUGUGGUGCCCACCCCUGCUGGCCCUGGCCUACACCGCGCUCCAGCCUACCCGAAGGAAUCCGUCACUUGAUCACUAUGAAAAGCUUCAAACUGGAUCAACGAUGCGCCGAAGUUGAGCGCGAGCUCCUUCUCUUAACGAUCCACAUCGGCCGCGGCACCAACAACCACGCCGUCUCCCCCUUGACAAACUCAGAAUUCGAUACCUGGUUCAUAGUCUCGAUGUUCCGCUCCAUCGUUGGCCAGGAACUCAACAGCCUAGACAAAAAUCGUAAGAAACCUCUCUUACGUGGUAACAUGUUCCGGAAGAUCAAGAAGGGAGAAGGGUACAUGCCAUGCGAAGAUGUGAGACGCAUGAUGGAACAGGUUAUGCCGUCUGCGGUGCAGAAUUUGAGUGAGGAUCUGGCGAUGCUGAAGAGGGAGGCGAGUAUCUAUGUGGAGGACUUGGCGCGAAAUGAGUGUUUGCUUGAUGUCGAGGCGCAGAAGGUGGGGUGGCUGACUUGUGUCAGAAUCGAGAAGGAGGAUAUACCUUGGAGGACUGGGGGUGAGUAUCAUUGCCGCUGAGCAAGCUGAAUGGAGUUGAAACCUGGAUGUUACCUCUGCGUAUAAGAGUGCCACCUGGGGCGGUUGGAGCACGCUGGGGGUUGUGAGCAUGGCGAGGUGGAAAAGAACCUGCUGUCCUCCCAGUUAUACGCUCGUGCUGAAAAGGUGCCCUGAAGGUAUGCACCUACGAUACGACACGAGUAUUCUAACAGG